UACUUUUUUCAUUGUGAAUUAAAUCUGAUUGUUCAUUUUACUUAUCAUCGACUGAAGUUUUAAUUUAAUUGUAGACCGUAUUGUUUACCUCACGUAGCUCUAGACUGAUUAAUAGUACUUUAUAUGAUCAUGAAUGAAUACCAAAUUAGAGAUAGAGAGGAAAAAUUAGCGCACCAGCGUCGAGUUUUAGAGCAGAAACAGCGAAUGCGAAGAGCAACUCCAUCAGUUGUUCUAGCCAGCGAUGUUUCUCUUGAGUCUCCUUUUGUAAGACCAUCAUCUCAUAGUAAAAAUAAUUUAGAGAGACAUGCAUAUGAUGGCCCAAUGCAAUUCACAAUGUCACCAAAUAAUCCUGAUCAAAUAAUGACAAAAGUUACAGUUAAUACUUAUGAAGGUAGGAUUGGAGAAAUGAUAUUGGAAAAUGAUGAUCCUGAUGAAGAAAGUACUCCUUUAUCUAAUCAUGAAUCGGAGAACAGUGUAAUCAUCGCUCCUGCUGUAAUAGCAGCUUCCUCACCACCAGAGAUAAUUGAAGAGAGGGAAGGAGAUGUGGACAGCAAUUUAGAAAGAUUUGUUUUAAUGCCUGCAAAACUGAGGACACUAUAUCAAUGUCGAAUCACCAGGGACAGGAAAGGAAUGGAUCGAGGAUUAUACCCAACAUACUUUUUGCAUUUGGAACGUGAUUAUGGACGAAAAGUGUUUUUACUAGCAGCUAGGAAAAGAAAAAAGAGCAAAACAAGUAAUUACUUAAUCAGUGUUGAUCCUACAGACCUGUCCCGUGGAGCAGAUGGAUUUUUAGGAAAAGUCCGUGCUAAUUUGUUGGGCACUUCAUUCACAGUUUAUGAUAAUGGCUCAAGAGGUGGUGGAGAUUUACCUAGGAAAGAACUUGCUGCUAUAGUAUAUGACACAAAUGUGCUGGGCUUUAAAGGACCACGUAAAAUGACUAUUAUUCUACCAAGUAUGUCUGUUAAUAAUGAACGUGUUGUUGUAAAUUCAAGUGAUGACAAAGAAGGCCUUCUUGAUAGUUGGAAAAAUAAGAAUAUGGAUGAGCUUGUUGAACUCCAUAACAAAACACCUAUCUGGAAUGAAGAGACUCAGUCUUAUGUACUUAAUUUUCAUGGUCGUGUCACUCAAGCGUCAGUGAAGAAUUUUCAGAUCGUACAUGAUUCUGAACCAGAUUAUAUUGUGAUGCAAUUUGGAAGAAUUUCUGACGAUGUGUUCACAAUGGAUUUUAGAUAUCCGUUAUGUGCCUUGCAAGCAUUUGGCAUUGCCUUAAGUAGUUUUGAUGGCAAGAUUGCUUGUGAAUGAAUGAAUCUCAUCAAAAUUUAUUUUAUUAAUUAUGAUUACGCAUUAUGCAUUCAAAUUUUUGUCAAUUUAAGUUAUAAUAUUUAUUUGCUAGUGGUUUCAUUAGUUUUUAAUACGUACAUUUAUUAGUACAUUCCUAACAACAUACCAUAUUUAAAUUUAAAAAUGUUUUUGAGACAAAUAUGUUGAAUGAAUCUCUGUUAUCUAGUCACAACAUAAGUUAAUAUUUG